AUUCACUGCUGUUAUUAAAGCCUGAAAUAAUACCCCCAAAUUAAUAUCUGAUAAGGAUUAAGUAUAUAUUUAUCUACAGAAAAAAAUUACAAGAAAAGGAAUCCAUUCGAUAUAGGCAUCAGACACUGGACAAUCAAUCCAGUUUAUUGCUUAAAAUAACAAUAUACAAAUCGAAUUGAACCUAAAUAUAUUAUUAUUCUUAGAAAUAGAGUGAUAGUAAUUCUAGGUAUAUUUUGGCUAUAUUAUUAACUAUACUGCUCGAAACACAUUUCCAAAAGGUACAUAUAUACUUAUUUACAUACAUAAUUAUGGUCUUAAAAUAUUUCUUGCUCAGAAGGACACGUGAGUGAGAACAAUAGAAUUCCGUUUGGACCCUUCUGGUAAGGAACCCUAAAGAGAGAAGUAAUUAUCACUACUUCAUACAGACAUGUUUGUUUAAAAUUAAAAUUUUGAUUAACUUAUUGAAAAAACAAAAUCGUUUCGUGAUGAUUAAAUAAAAUAUUAAAACAAAGAGAACGGAAUCCGGAAUCAAAACUAUGCCAUAACCUUGGAAUAAAGAUUUGAUCAUUAAACAAAACAUGCAACGUUGCAAAUGUCAUGGUCGGUCACUGUCAAAAUAAUAAAUUGUCAAAAAUGUGGAAAAAUCUUGGGAACAAUAAUAUCUACAUUUAUUAAUUCAAAUGUUAAAAUGACUCAGAACAUUUUUUAUAAAACUGCCGAAAAAUACUGGGCCAAUAUCCCAGCAACAUUAGACGGAAUACUCGGUGGGUACGGCCAUAUAUCAGAUAUCGACAUCGAAGGCUCCAAUGAGUUUUUAGACAAAAUUUUCGCGCUUGAAAAGCCGCCGUCUCAAAAUAUCGCACUUGAUUGUGGCGCAGGAAUCGGCCGGAUCACAAAAAAUCUACUGAUCCCACGCUUCCAGAAGGUCGACAUGGUUGAACAAGACGAGAAGUUCGUUAGCACCGCAAAACAAUUGAUCGGCGAAGACAACAAUAAGCUCGGGACGGUGUACAAAAUCGGUCUCCAGCAUUUCAAGCCGCAAAAAACUUACGAUGUCGUCUGGUGCCAGUGGGUGCUUGGUCACCUGAACGAUAACGAUCUGAUCGCUUUAUUAGAGAGGUUUACUGAGGCUUUAUCAGAGAAUGGUGUUAUUGUUAUCAAGGAGAACGUAUCGACAUCUGAAGAAAUAGAAUAUGACGAAGAUGAUUCAUCAGUCACGCGUCCACCGGAGCUUUUAUAUAAAAUUUAUACUGCAGCUAAACUGAAAGUAAUUAUGACGACCAUACAAGCCGGUUUCCCUGAAGACAUAUAUCCUGUGCAUUCGUUCGCGUUAGUACCAGCGAGAAUCUGAAGUGUUUUAUUUUGUUUAUUAGCUUGUCGAGUUUAUAAUAAAGGAACAAUGAACAUUGUUUCCAACGGACUUUGCAUAGUCGUAAAUGAAAUAGCUACGCUUUCAGUCCGACUAUAUGGUACCUACGAAGGUGAUGGACGAACAUAAUGCACGCCAUGAUCGAAGAGUGAAUGUUUAUCUUUGAUGAAGAGUUAAAUCGUGUUCUGAAUUCGUGAUUGUGUCGUUUAAUAAAGAACGAUCUGGGACGAACGGAGCCAGAGCGCAAAUAAGUUCGCAAGUGUAUUCACCGUUUAGUAAGACCUUACGAAAUUGUUACAUCAGCUGUUGUUGUGAACUUUAGGGAACAACUAUCUAUGCCAUCUGGCACGGUUUAUAUGCCUAUUCGUUUGCAGUACUUUGUGUAACAAUUUUGUUUACAUUUCAUUUUAAUAUCCUACCUUAUUGUUAUAUUAUAAAUAAAGAAAAUUAGCACCAUAUAUUAAUUCUUGUUCUUCUAUUAUUUUAAUAGUACAAACCCCAAAAGAGCUUCCAUGCGGGAAUCUUAACUAAAAGGUAACGAAAAAGGGCGCAAUGAAGUUAGACACGUAGAAGAUAUCAAAGGACAACGACGAAAUCUGCCCAGCAUGCACAAACAAAUGUCUUUCAUUAUAUGCAUUCUAUGAUUUUUUACUUUAUUCGCAAUUAAUCAUAGUAAACGGACAUUCUGUGGUAAAAUAAAAAAAAAAUAGUUCUGUA